AUGGCGGAGUCGUCGCUGUCGCCGCAGCUAUCGCGUUCGCCGUCUUCUCCUCUCGGCGAACCGGCAAAUGAUCGCAGGAGCGAAUUCGACCACGAGGCCGUGAAGGAGUUGGAUGCCAUAGGUUUUCGCGAAAUCCUUGACCAGGAUCCUCGGCCCACAUUCGUGCUCGAUUUAGACUCUGAUUACCUCGACUAUGGCGGAAUCAAGACGAGCAUUCGGCCAAUAUUUUGCAAUGCAGCCCUGAGCCUACACGAUCGAUUGCUGGAUAGAAUCACCGGCUCGAGUACGGAGGAUGUCCAGGCAGAAUCUACUCCAACGUCGUAUUUGCAGUUCAAAUCCUGGGUCACGAGUGUGAGCGAAUUUGACGACUCUCGCGAUGUCUUUCCACAAACUUUUCUCUACGAAGGUAUGCUAUGGACAGGCUUCACGUCUCGGCAACGUUGGCGUUUUGUGUCUGGUAUACAAAGCGACGCCCCUCAUCAUGUGGCGGACCACUCGCUCGGACCGCAGCAGGCCGGAAGCAUGGAACGGAAGGCAGAGUCGAGGGCAGUUCUCGUCAGAAAGACCUUGAGAUCAUCUGAACGCACGACGUCAACCGCGGCUGCGGCUGCGGCUGCGACCGUGAGCGAGCCGCCCCUCGGUGUUACGGCACCUCAGACGGCGCUUACUAUCAGAAGUAGUACUCUGGUAUCAACUACUCCUUCGUUUCCUCACGAUGGCAAAGCGCGCUCGUCCAACCCGACCACCUCAGGAAACACAUCAAACAACACUUCGACAAGUGGAGCGUCCGUAACACUGGCCUCUCCAGAGGAGGGCGUGCCUGACUGGACAGCCGCAAAACCACGAGGAAAAUUGACUGAGCAUAUGGUUUUCGCACGGAACGUCAAUUGGGCAGCCACCCCGUUAGGGUCUAUCGACACCUGGUCGAUAGAGUUUCGCGAAAUCGCAAACCUAGUUAUGAGGAACCCACAUCCAUGCGCACUGUUCUGGGGCGAGGAAUUAACUAUGCUUUACAACGAACCGUAUACGCGAGAGGUGGCCGGGAACAAGCAUCCAGAUCUGAUGGGGACUGGCUUCUGUGGUCCGUUCAGUGAAGUAUGGGACGCUGUUGCUCCAAUUUUCCGGGAGUGCGCUCGAACGGGGAAAAGUAUUCGCAAAGAGAACGACUACUUACCUAUCGAGAGAUAUGGUUAUCUUGAGGAGACAUUCUUCUCUUGGUCGUUCACGCCAGUGUACGGCGGGACAAAUCGCAGUAUUGAGAAGCUCGCCGAAACGCGGUCUUCGAAGCACUUCUGGCAAUGCGUCUUGGACGGUCUCCAAGAUAAUCCAUGGGAAGUCCCUUUUGCUCUGCUCUACUCAAUCGUCGACUCGGAUGACACUGACACGGCUUCCCAUUCGUCUGACAGCACUCUUUCCAUGAAAAGCUGCCUUUUGGAAGGCGCAAUCGGUAUCCCAGACGGCCAUCCUGCUGCACCGCCGAAACUUGAUAUGAAACGUUCGAAGGAGGGGUUUAUUCCGGCAUUCCGUGAAGCUAUGCGAACUCGAGAGCCGACAAUUCUUCACAGGAGAAACGGCAGUCUACCUGAUCAACUCACUGAAGGGAUUGAAUGGCGCGGCUACGGAGAUCCUUGCAAAGAAGCCAUCAUUAUACCUGUGCGUCCGACCAACAGUGAAAACGUCUUCGCCUUCUUACUGUUAGGCGUCAACCCUAGAAGAGCAUACGAUGAGGAAUAUAAUGCUUUCAUCAAUAUGCUCAACCGGCAAUUGGCCAAUUCUUUAGCUUCAUUUCUCCUUUGUGAAGAGGAGGUUCGAAGGAAUAGAAAUGCAGCGGAGGUCGCUACGUUACAGCGUGAGCAGCUGAGCCAGCAGCUUGAAGUGCAAGCUAAUCGAAUGCGACGAAUGACAGAGUUGUCCCCACUAGGCAUGUAUUUAUUCGGUCCUGAUGGUGUUCUAUUGGAAGCCAACGAACGCUAUUACGAGAUGACCGGGGACGGAAGAGACGACGACAGCCCGUUCGCGUUCCUAAAGCCAAUGGACGAAGAGUCUCGACGUAGAGCAGAGAUCAUGUGGAGUGAUAUGAUGAAAGAUUCCAAAGCAAGGCAGGAGGAAUAUCAUCUCACGAACACGGGAAUUGUGCCACGAGAUCUCGGUGGUGAUCCUAUCGAGUACUGGGUGCUUGCUACUUCUCAACCACAAGUCGGUGCCGACGGGGAAGUCCAGUCCAUCAUGGGAUCCAUUGCUGACAUAUCUCAUCUGAAAUGGGUCCAAGGUCUCCAGAACCAGCGACUGAAAGAGGCAGAAGAAACGAAACGCCAGCAGAACGAAUUCAUCGACAUAACAAGCCAUGAAAUGAGGAACCCGUUGAGCGCUAUACUAAUAUGCGCUGAUGAUAUCCGGGAAUCACUGUCACAGCACACGUUUGCCAAUUCAGAUGCCAAAGUGGUUGAAGAGUGUAUCGAAGCCGCAAACAACAUCGCACUUUGUGUCCAACAUCAGAAGUCCAUUGUGGAUGACAUUCUUACCGUUUCAAAGCUUGACUCCAACUUGUUGCUUAUCACUCCCAUUGCUGUACAGCCAACUGUCAUUAUACGUCGCGCGAUGAACAUGUCCCUAGCCAUACUGAUUCAUACUGACUUCGUUCCGGCGGAUUUAGUCAAGCCGGAAGUGGCAGCCAAAGAAAUUGAAUUUUCCUUCUGCGCGCACGACUCCUUACGCCAGCUUAGCGUUGACUGGGUGAACCUUGAUCCCAGUCGCUUACUUCAAAUUACUGUAAACCUUAUCACAAACGCUAUCAAGUUUACAGCAGGCUCGCAGAAAAGAAUCAUCACAGUUCACCUGGCUGCAUCCACAGACAGACCCCAGGCUCAUGCCAAAGGCUUUGAGUACGUACCAACCCGUGGCCCCCUUAUCGACGUCGCCGCUGGUCAAGAUUGGGGUGAAGGCGAGCGACUGUAUAUCCGUGUCAAAGUGGAGGACACUGGUGUUGGUCUGACUCCUGAUGAGAAGCAUCGCUUGUUCCAGCGAUUUAUGCAAGCUUCGCCGCGUACUCACGCUACAUACGGUGGCAGUGGCCUAGGCCUCUUCAUCUCUCGACAACUCGCUGAACUCCACGGCGGUCAAGUCGGAGUCGCUUCGACAGCCGGAGUAGGAAGUGUCUUUGGUUUUUUCGUCCAGGGUAGAAGAGCUCCUGUGCCGAAGCGUCCGGGUAUCCUGGGACCAGCGCCACUGUUAUGUCCACCGGAAGCAGCUGCAGCACAAGUCUCUAUAAGAUCGAAUUCUAGUCCCGCAUCGGUUCCAAUUGCGGUGCCAGAGGAUGGACCUUCCGCACACAAUUCAAACCUAGCCAUCCUUAUAGUGGAAGACAACUUAGUCAACCAACGUGUUCUCUCCAAGCAGCUACGAAAAGCCGGAUGCAUCGUCUACACGGCUGACAACGGUCUUCUUGCGCUUGAAGUCUUAGCUACAACAUCUUUCCAAAAUCCAGCUGGUCGGCCGCUCUCUCUAGUCCUCAUGGAUUUGGAGAUGCCGGAGAUGGAUGGGCUUACGGCAGUCGGGCGGAUACGAGAUAUGGAGAGGGAGGGCGUGUUGGUGCGACAUGUCCCGGUUAUUGCGGUGACCGCGAAUGUGCGCGAUGAACAGAGGCGGGCAGCGAUUGAGGGUGGCAUGGACGACGUGGUGUCAAAGCCGUUCAGGGUCCCGGAUUUGCUUGAAAAGGUUCGAUCUGUGUUGGCUAGACUCGGUGGUGGGUGA